GAAAAAAUAAAUUCGCAAAAGUGCUCGUUAAGUCGUCUGAACAAGAAGAAAGUUACUCUGAAAAGUUAACCAGGCCAGUGUUACCAGAUCGCGUAUCAGGUCACUUCUCCAAGGGAAAUGGUUACCAGGCUCUGCGUAAUGCACCAGUAUAUGAACACUAUCCAAACGGCCCGCACAUCCAAUAUAUAGAAAUCAGUGGCCUAGGUAUCUAGUAGGUCCUGUAUAUACAUGCAUGACAGAUGUAGUAAUCCUGUGUGUAGGCGUAUGAUAUACGAUAGAAUUUCAUUAAACAUUUUCCAAGCAUAAACGAAACGUCAAAGUUACUUUUAAAAGUUUUUGUACUAAAAUGUUCGAUCAUCAUUAUCUGUUUUUUAUUAUUAUUAUGUGAAACGAAUUACACAGAGGGGAUAUAAGAUACUGUAAAGAAACGGACAUGCAGUAAUUUUUUACAUCGCUUACUAGAAGAGUCGAUACAAUUGGUUUUAUAAUAAUGGAAGAUACUAUGGAAGCACAAAAAUGGCAUCAACAUUUAUCUUUAUUGAGGGAACAGUACGUUAAUUUAUAUAAUACAAACGCAGAACUUCAACGUGAAUAUGCUAUUGUUACUGCUGAUAAACAAGAGUCAGGAUUUAUUGGAAGACUCUUGGUAACAAUAGCAUCGUUGUACGGUCAACAUCGCUACAGUGACAUAACUAUUAAAUUAAUGAAUCAAGAAAUACCUGCUCAUAAAUUUAUUUUGUCGGCUAGAACAGAAUUUUUCAGCGAUUCGACGCUCUCCGAAGUAACUACUCUAGAUUGGACUUAUUUGGACUCCAAAGUUGGAUUAGUGUUACUAAAAUGGAUUUAUACAGGAAAAGUAUCUCAAGAGAAUUUAACAUUGGAUCUAAUGAAAGCAGCAUCCAAUUUUCAAUUGUUAGAAUUGGUCGAACAAUGCGAGAAAUAUCUAAUUGGAAUCGUGGGACUCAAAGAUUGCGUACAAUUAUAUGCAGCUGCUGAAGAAUUAGGGGUCCAAAAAUUAAAAGAACAUUGCAGUUCCUUGAUUUCGGCGCAUUGGGAAGAUUUAACUGGAGAAGAUUUUAAGGAAAUGCCUGGUACAUUGUUGUACAAAUUAUUACAAACAAAAAGUAAAUACCCAUUACAUGCUGCUGUUCGACUGAUGAGAGAAGACGUGGUUUUUUUAUAUUUAGUGGAAAAUAAUUCAGGGUUAUCGAAGGCUGUUAAUGCCCUUGAUCAAAAAGGGGAAGUGCCUUUAGAAGUUGCUUUAAAAACACAUCAACCAUCGUUGGCUCGUAUUUUGGUUGGACACGGGGCUGACUUAAGCGCAAAAGAUUCGAGGGGUCUUUCUUUGCUCCAAGCUGCAAUUUUCAAGGGAGAUUCUUAUUCGGCAGAGUUUAUAAUAGAGCAACUGGAAACUAGCGGUAAUAUACAACAGUUAUGCGAGACUGUAAAGAUCACAGGAAACGCACGGGACACAAAACAUUUCGAGGAGUUGGAAGGAUGCUCGGCUUUGCAUUUGGUGGUAAAGCAUAAAACAGAAAAUAUGUUAGCAAUUGGAUCUCAAUUACUUCGCGCCGGUAUCGAUCCUAAUUUGCAAAAUAAUAGAGGAUGGACUGCUUUGCAUAGCUGUAUCUGGGAAAAGAAUGAAACUCUUUUUGAUAUUUUACUAGAAUGUCCGAGCAUAAACUUGGAUAAAAUUACUAACGAGAACGAUACUCCGUUAUGUAUCGCGUUGAAAAUAGAACCGUUCGUCGAAUAUUUUGCUACGAAACUUUUAUCAAAGGGUGCAGCUCCUAAUCCCAUAUACAAAAACACAGGGGACACUUUGCUCCACGUUUUGACCAGAGAAUGCAAAGAAGAAGCGGCGUUAUUUUUAAUUGAUCAUUGCAAGGAUAAUUUAAUGAAAAAAAAUAACGACGGAUGCUUGGUAUUGCACGAGGCUUGUAAAGUUGGCUCGAGAAAUUUAACUCAAGCUUUAUUAAAGAAUGAUUUCCCGGUAGACGAAGUUACAUUCUCUACCGGCGAUGCACCAAUACAUUUUGCUGUAUCAAAUUUAUAUUUUGAUAUAGUAGUCGAAUUAUUAAAUGCUCCCAAUUCAAAGUCUCAAAUAAAUUUAAAAAAUAACGAUAACGAAACACCUUUGAGCUUAGCUAUAAAAGCUCCGUUUAAGAAAGGUAAAGAUAUUGUUUUGGCUUUGAUAAAAGCCGGAGCAAAUAUUAAUCAAUGUAACGAAGAAGGUCUGACAUUAUUGCAUCAAGCAAUAUUGAAAGAGGAUUCAGCAACGGCAAUCUUUUUAUUAGAAAACGGUGCAGGCAUGAAUGCUAGGACUGCAAAUGGAGAGACACCGUUGCAACUUUCUGUACAUUGUAGACUGGGUGAAGUUGUAGAGGCUCUUUGUAAAAGAGGCGUAGAUACUUCAGUGGGAUGCCCAUUGUGGGAUGCGCUGGAUUCAGACCAAGAGGAUAUAGCAUCUAUUCUAGUUAAGUAUGGAGCCGAUACUGAUUGUUGGAGCCCUGGUCCAGACGGUUGUCAACAAACAUUAUUACAUAGAGCAAUCGAUGAUAACAAGGAAGAUAUUGCACAAUUCCUUAUAAGAAGUGGAUGUGACUUGAAUGCACCAAGGAGACCUGGUCUAGAUGGCGCAGGAGGCGACGAAGCAAAGGACGAAUGUACCCCGUUGCAUUUGUGCUGUCAAUGGGGUCUGGAACAAGUUGUUCAGACACUUAUAGAACAUGGCGCUAAUGUGAAUGCUCGAGACGCUGAAGGGAAAACUCCGGUUCACGUGGCCAUACAAAAUCAACAUUCACAAAUUAUUUCUUUGUUGCUUUGUCAUCCCAGCAUAGAUUUAAAUAAACGAGAUAAGAAAGGUUUAACACCGUUUGCAACAGCCUUAACGUUUCGGAACAACAAAGCCGCUCAAGCAAUAUUGGAACGACUGCCCAAAGCUGCCGAACAAUACGACAACAAAGGCAGAAACUUUUUACACACUGCCAUACAAAAAAUUGACAUGGAAAGCAUUUUGUUCCUGUUAUCUAUACAGGUAGAUGUGAAUUCCCGAGUUCACGAUGUGACGCAAACUCCACCGUUGCAUCUCGCUGCAGUUUCUGGAAAUGAAAUAUUAGUACGAAGUUUAAUUUUGGCCGAUGCGCGCGUUAACGAUACGGACGCGAACAGAAAUACUGCGUUACAUGCUGCGGCAAAGGCCGGCCAUGCUAUGAUUGUAUCCGCUUUGCUACAGAACAAUAUUAAUUUCGAUGCAGUAAAUGCAGACGGUGACAAUGCAUUGCACGUAGCUGUAAGAGAAGGCCAUGUGUCGGUUGUAAGAGCACUCCUGACUGAAUGCACGCUGGACGCAGAAGCAGUGAAUCUCAAAGGAAGAAAUCCCCUACACGAAUUAGCCAGAUGCGGUAAAGAUAACGCUGCAACUAUCUGUGAACUUUUCUUGGAAUGUAUGUCACAAUACCCAGUAAAUAAUGCAGAUUUAGAAGGUAACACUCCGUUACUGAUCGCCUACAUGAAAGGCAACGGCCAGCUUUGCCGUACAUUGGUAAAGGCUGGCGCAUGUUUGGGGUCCAUGAACAAAGAAGGCAUUACGAUUUUUAACUAUCAAGUAGCGACAAAGCAAUUACUAUACAGACUGCUGGAUUCUUUGACUCAAGAGGCACCGUGGGCAGAUAAAGACCUUUGUCUGGAGUGUGGUACAAAAUUUUCUCUCACAAUGCGAAAACAUCAUUGCCGCCACUGUGGUCGAAUUUUGUGCAAUAAAUGUUCUGGUCAAGAUGUUCCGAUUGUAAAAUUUGGAUUGAAUAAACCGGUACGUGUAUGUGCAGUAUGUUUUGAUGUAUUACAAGUAGGUGUUGAGUGAAAGAAACGU